AUGGCUAAUUACUUCUCCGGUAUCCUCACCGCGACAAAGUCCCGCUACCAGUCCAUCCGCGGCGACACCGAUGACGGCGACACGGAGGAUGAUUCCCACCUUGCCCGCUGCCUUCGCACCUACUACCAGGAGAACGACAGGCCCAUCCCCGACUGGCUCGGCGGUGGCCCCCCGCCCGCACAAUCCCUCCGUCAGACCAACAAGAUGCCGCCUCCCGGCCACAAUCGGCAGGGUGUCAACGCGUCCCUUUCCGACAUCUGGGACAACCCGCAGCCGCAACGGUUCCAGCAGCAGCCUCCCGGCGGCCCGCAGAGACACCCACAGCAGCCGAGUUUGUUCCCCGAUGAGAGGAAGUCGUCAACGCCGGUGCAGGACGGACCCGGUGGGGCCGGAAAAGCGUUGACGAGUGCCCAGCAGAGGAUCAAGGAGAGGUUGUGGGGUGGUAGGACGGCGAGCCCUCCGCCGCAGGGACAGUUCACGCCGCCGCCGGCGCCACAGAGUGUACAGAUGCCGGGUGAGCAUAUGUUUGGCGGGGGCGCGCCGCCACCGAGGAGACAGGGUGGAGGUAUGCCAUGGGAGGACACCGAGUCGUACAACGGUGCACCGGGGGUGCCUGGGUAUUAUGGCGGUGGCAGCAGCGGGAGCGGUGGCAACUUGAGGAGGCCGCCGCAGGGAGGUAGCGGUGGUAGGGUAGGGAUGCCUAGUGGUUCUGGGUUUCUGAGGGGACAGAGGGGCGGAGGAUAUUAG